AUGGACGUCCUGAUUUACUUCUGGGAUGACCGAGAUGGUGCUAGCUUCAGCGGCUGGUGGUUUGGUCCUGCAGUUGGAGGGGAUCAGGUGUGGGCCUACAGCCCUGACAAGUCAGUGGUUCCACCGUCUUCUCAGUGGAGAGUGCCGUAUGACGGUCCAAUUGAUCCGACCUUCAAUGUCCAAGCCGUCGGCUCUCAGGAGCAGCAGGCUUACCAACAGCUAGCACAGCAGAAUCAGCAGUACCAGCAGCAAGCGGUUCAGCAAGCCUAUCCCCACCAGGAACAGCAGGCUUAUCAGCAGCUAGCACAGCAGAAUCAGCAGUACCAGCAGCAAGCGGUUCAGCAAGCCUAUCCCCACCAGGCUGGAUACCAGCAAAAUCUGGGGCAGAAUGACUGGCAAGAUGCACAGCGCAGGCAGCAGGAGGAGCAGAACGCUGUCCAGAUCGUACGCCAGGCUAUCCACAGAGUGCGCACAACGGGUCCCGAAGCCUUGGAUCAAGCCUGUGCAGAGAUGCAAGAUGUGCUGAAUAAGAUGGGCAACGAAUGUGGCGGCAUGUGGCAACGGCUGCAACAAGAAGUCUUUCAGGCCACGCAGAUGGCAGCUGAGCGCAAGGAGAUGUAUCGGCAGCAGCGCGAGGAGGAGGAAAAGCGAAUGAAAGAGAGGGAAGCUGUUACAGCCCAGCUUCUGCAGGAUCUGUCACAGCUUGUUACGACAGCUGAGGGCAGCAUCUCAGAGCUCAAGGAGAAGUUGCAGCCGGUCAUGGACACCAACAACUUAGAUUUGGCAGAGAUUGACAAGUCAACCACUGGAUUCGACGAGGUGAAAGGCAAAGCAAAAGCCAGCUGCAGAGCCUGCUCUGAUUUCCUCCUUAGCAAGAGGUUUGCCAUGGAAGAGGCCAGAUCGGUGGUUGCAGAGACGCGGGAGCAGUUGGUACAGUUGCAGCGAAAGAUCCAUGGUGCCUUCGUGAGUAUGGCGCAGUGUGUGAAGGGAUUGGAGGCAAAGAUUGAUGGAGCUCAUCGAAAAGAGAAGGCUAUGAAGUUCGUGGAGAAGAGGGAGGAGCUGUUUCGAAAGUAUGAUGCUGAUAAUGAUGGGGCCCUGAGUGCUCAGGAAAUUGCUGCGUUCGCCCGAGGAGAGUAUUCGUUCGAAGUGCCAACGCAAGUCAUUGAGAAGCUUGUCAACGUCUAUGGUGGGGACAAGCGAGGCGUUGAGAAGAAGCAUCUUGUCCGGGUUCGGCAAGCAGUUGGUGUGGCUCGUGAAGAGGUGUGCAGCAGUGAAGAGGAGAAGGGUAGAGGUGAUUGGUUCCAGAAGCCUGAAGAAGUUGCCUUUCUUCAAGCAGCCCUGGCACGACGCAUUGCGAUUGUGGCUUACUCAAACCCGAUGCAUAGCGGAAACUUUUGUUGGCCAAGCGCAGAUGGCAGCCACUUCGAGCAGGUAAGUGCCAUGAUCAUCCAUGGCACGCGAGAGAUCCUGCAAGCAGAGACACAAAUCUUGCUGAGCCUUGUCUUUGUUGGGGUUACUGCCUUCUUGUCUGUGGUGUCCCCCACGAGCUUUGUGAGGAGUGCGAAGAUUACAAAUCCUCCGCGCAGCGAUUUCCCGCCUGUCGGGCUCGUGCACAUGCCGCGCGAUGUAACGUUCGCCUCAAAGGUUGCAGUGCAUGAGCUCCUGCACACAUUGGAGCCUCUUGGCAUCACGGCCAAGGCGUGGUUGGUGGGACCGCGGAAGCUCAUCGUUUCAGACAUUUUGAAGUCGCUUCAACGUGUUCAUCUAGAUGUUCAGGAAUCAGCCAUCUCAAAGUUCCUUGAGGCGCUCACCGACCUGGGGCUUGUAGAGGCUGGUGAGGUCGUGGAAGAUCCCAGACGUUUCCCUUGGCAGAGAGCAUUCAAGAUAUUUCAGGAUAUGCGAAGUCCAGUAUCUGCGAAUCAUGGACGGCGAUCCGUUGAGGAGCUAUUAAAUCGUGCAUGGGCUCAGCACGAAUUUGCAGUAGCUGACAUUGCAGACGAGGUCCUGGACUGGCUCCAGCAUGUUGGGGAUGCGCGUCCUGCAAAUGGCAGGGCUGACUUGUGA